UUUAGUUAACCUCCAUUACUUCAACUUCUAACCUGAGUUAAUUCCAAACCCUCGUCUGCUCUUUCAUUCUUCUUCAAUGGCUUCUCCUAAGGGUGAGACUGACUCUGUUACUUCUCCUUCUCGGCCUGUUGUCUCUACCAGACGCUUUAUAAUGGAUCUUAUUCUUCGUAUUCUGCUUUUCCUGAAAACUUUGGCUGCUGUAAUUGUGAUGGUCACCAGUGAGCAGAAGAAGGAGGUUUUAGCUCAUUUCUUCAUUGUUGCUAAGUUCCAUCAAUCUUCUGCCUUCGUAUAUUUUGUAGUGGCUCUCUCAGUGGCCUGCAUCUAUAGUCUGCUAAUGUUUGGUGUGGUGGCUUCUGCUGUUGGAGCUGCAGCGGCCAUUGGUUAUGUUGGGGAGAAGGGAAAUGCUCAUGUGGGGUGGAUGGAAAUAUGCAACAUGUUUGACAAAUUUUGCAAGCAAAUUGAGGGCUCUCUCAUUCUCGCAAUAUCAGCCUCUGUUACUCUCAUUUUCCUCAUCAUGCUUUCGACUCGCUCUCUUUACGGUCGAACACGUUAAGUAAGUGAGGAUUUUCAGAGUGUUCGUCUGGAAUAGUUUUAUGUUAGUUUUAUGUUUCAGACUGUCAUCAUAGUUAUGUUUGAGAAACCGAUUUCUUGCUACUUUCUAGAAAAUUUAAUGGUGGGA